AUGACGGCAAAAUUAUCAGAUGCUGGAAAUUUGUUACUUAUAAAAAUACAAAUGAAUUUAAAUGAUACAACUGCUUAUUAUUUUUCUGAUCUUACAAAUGUACGUGAUAUUACGCAUGAUAUAAUACCUAAUCAUCUGAUUGGUAGAUUUGAUGCAAACUAUGAAUUUUGUUUUACUAUUGGAGAUUUUGCGGUAUUUUUCGUGAAAAAAUUUGGCAUGAAAAGUAGUGUUGUGGUAACAAGAAUUCAAAGUUCAGAGAAUACUGUUGAUACCGCUGAACUAAUUUUAGAGGAAGAAGAAGGUUUACAAAUUAAAAAUGUUUAUUCUGUUGGAAAAGAUUUUUUCGUAAUAAUUGUUGUCAAAAAUUUACACAAUUAUUUGAAACUUUAUAAUAAAAAAGCUUUAACGUUGGUAAAAGAUAUAUAUGUUGGUCCAGGAGUCAUUAAGCAGGCACAAUCACAUAUAAUUAUGCUAAAUGCUAUAUAUAGAUAUAAUUUUGAAAAUGUUUUAAACAAAGGAGUAAAUGAAAUAAUAAAAGAAACAUUGUUUAAAACUGAAUUUUAUGAACUUUCAAUUUUUGACUAUAUUAUAGAAAUAGAAUACUAUAAAAGUAAAGAUGGUAAGAAAAUACCUAUGAUAAUGUUCCAUAAAAAAGAUUUAAAAAAAAAUCAACAAAAUCCUGUAAUUGUAGAAGCUUAUGGUGAUUUAAGUGCUGCAUGGCAUCUUCAAAAAUCAUUGGCUAAAAUAUUUUUUGCUAAUGAAUUUGGUGGUAUUUGGUGUAUUCCUGGUAUAAGAGGUAUAGAAGGUUUAGGUAAAAAGUGGACUUCAGACGGAAAAGAACUUAAAAGAAAAAAAAGUUUUGAUGAUUUUAUUUAUGCUAUUAAACAUUUAAUCAAAAAAAAGUAUACUAAAUCAAGUAAAAUUACUAUUUAUGGCCAAGGUGAAGGCGGUCUUUUGACAACUGUUGUUUCACAACGAGAACCAAAGCUUAUUGGUGCUGUUGUAGCAAAAUCACCAGUAUUAGAUACAAUACGAUAUGAUGAAUUAACUAAAUAUGAUUUUGCUUUCUUUGACGGGUAUGGUAAUUUAAAUAAAAAAAAAGUGUUUGUUAAUUUAUAUUCAUUUUCACCUUAUCAUCAAAUGGAUAAAUAUAAGACAUUUAAAAAAGAAUGGCCAAGUACUUUAAUUAUUCACUCUUUUACUGAAAAAAAUUAUUUGGUAGCACAUACAACAAAAUAUUUAGCUAAAUUGUACCCACUUUUAAAAAAAAUCCAAAAUCACGUUUAG